AUGAAACCCUGCAAACCAAACCCUAAGGAGACUCCCAGUGCAGAUGCUGGCUUCCCCUGCAGCAGUGAGUCAGGCUGUGCAGCGAAAGGCAGCUCUGAGCGGCUGGAGAAUGCUGCCAAGCGCAGGCUGGCUGCCAACGCCCGGGAAAGGAGAAGAAUGCAGGGGCUCAACAUGGCCUUUGACCACCUCCGCAAAGUGGUCCCACAGUGGGGACAAGAUAAAAAGCUCUCCAAGUACGAGACUCUUCAGAUGGCUCUCAGUUACAUCAUGGCCCUGACAAGGAUCCUGGCUGAAGCCGAGAAGUUCAGCACACAGAAAGGCUGGAUUAACUUUCACGAGGAGCAUUUCCACGCUUGCACAGGUCAGAAGGCAGCUGCGGAGACCGAGCCCUAUGCUCCCACACUAUUCCACUUCCAGCCUGAUCACUUCUAA